GCACGACCAAGCACUUUUGUGAGAUUGAACUAGCCCGCUUCGUGGAGAGCAGCACACCUGGAGGCCGGGAUGACUGCCUCGGAGGCGCCGGCGGCGGCCGGCGAUGCCGCGGUGAAGACGGUCCUGGGGGAGGAGCGCUUCGCGGCGGUGCAGCAGGCGAAGCUGCUGGUGGUGGGCGCCGGCGGCAUCGGCUGCGAGCUGCUGAAGAACCUGGUGCUGACGGGCUUCCGGGAUAUUGAGGUCGUGGACCUCGACACGAUCGAUGUGUCCAACUUGAACCGGCAGUUCCUUUUCCGGCGGGCCCAUGUCGACCGCCCGAAGUCGGUUGUGGCUGCAGAGGCAGUGAAGCAGUUCCGCCCGGAUGCCAAGAUCCUCUCGCACCACGGCAACGUGAAGGACUCGCAGUUUGGCCUGGAGUUUGUCUCCAAGUUUGACGUGGUUGUCAACGCUCUGGACAACCUGGAAGCACGCCGCCACGUGAACCGCCUGUGCCUGGCGGCGGAGCGGCCCCUGCUGGAAGCCGGCAGCACGGGCCAUCUCGGCCAGGUCACGGUGAUCCGAAAGGGCGAAACCGAGUGCUUCGAGUGCCAAGCCAAGCCCAGCCAGAAGGUGUAUCCGUUUUGCACCAUCCGAUCCACUCCAGAGAAGCCCGUGCACUGCCUCACCUGGGCCAAGAACUUGUUCGACCUCUGCUUCGGGCCGGAGGACGAGUCGAACCUUUUGGCAGAUCUCGCCGCGGAGAUGAGACAGUUCCAGAGCCAGGAGGCUGUGGACGGCGAAGACGUUGGCAAGCGGAUUUUCAAGAACCUCUUCGAAGAUGACAUCAAGAAGCAGGCGCGGCUGGAGGACCUCUGGUCGGAGGCGCGGCCAGCGCCGGCGCCCUUGGGCUUCGAGGAGGCGCUCACGAAGGCCGAGCGCACGGCAGAUGCGGAGGACAAGCUGGAGACCCAGAAGGUGCCCAGCGUGGCCCAAGAUGCCCAGGGCUUCGUGGCGAGCGUGGCCAAGAUGUACAGCGAGAGGAGAGAGCUCAUCGGCCAGAGCUCGUUCAGCAAGGACGACCCAGUCUCCAUGGACUUUGUGCAUUGUGCUGCGAACCUCCGCAUGCAGAACUACCGCAUCGCCAGACUGUCCCGAUGGGAUGCUCAGUCCAUUGCGGGCUCCAUCAUCCCUGCAGUGGCCAGCACAAACGCCAUCGUCGCAGGGCUGGAAGUAGUGCAGCUGCUGCACGUGCUCCAGAGCAAGGGCAAGACCAUGCGCGACGGCCGGGCUCGCACGGUUUGGGUGCGCUACCCGGAGCCAUCACGAAAGAAGAUCCUGCAGCCGAGCUCUCUCCAGGCGCCAAAUCCUGAUUGCUUUGUGUGCGGCUCGAGGACGGCCCGCGUGGCCGUGAAGAGCUUGGUCGAUUGCAAGAUCGCAGCCUUUGCCAAGGGCUGCAUCCAGGGUCAGCUGGGAGCGGUUCGCCCGGCGCUCUACGCCAACGGCUCCUGCAUCUUCGACCCGGAGUAUCCAGAACCAGGGCCAGACGCUGAGGAGGAAGGCCUUCAUCCUGAGUGGAGCCUCACUGAGUGGGGGCUCGGGAGCGGCUCCUUGCUGCAGGUGGAGGACGAAGGCCAGGGCUGGUCCAUCAAUCUGGUGCUUCGAGAGGAGCCGGAUCUGGAUGAGCAGCACUUUCCAAAUGGCUUCAAGGUGGAGGCGGGCGCCGGCGCCGGAGAGGAAGCUGCCAAGGACAUGGCGGAAAAGAAGCGGAAGGCUGACGCCGAGGCAGCAGAGGUGAAUGCCGCCAAGAAGGCAACGCUGGACGCCAACACUGUGGCCGUGGACUGACAGGUUGGGCCGGCGGUAUUUUGGGCUUCAAGAGAAAGGGCGCGCGGCCUGCUGACGUGACUGGCAGCAAAUCACAAGCCAUGACUGACUCCGCUAAGCUGCGAUGUCGCAGCGAGACUCACGCGUGAAAGGCUGUGAGACCUGAGAUAGCGAUGAAACCACC